CCCGGCACCUUCGAAGUAUGGGCGUUGGGCGGCAGAAGUGGCAUCAUGGGAGUCGAGUUGCGGGAGCCCAACCUGAAGAGUUGUGGGCUAUUUAUUUCGCGGCGUCCUUGGGCAGGCCGAUGACCAUCAAUCCUCCCCGUCACCAAGCACACAAAAAUACACGAGGCUGCUCGAGAUUACCCUGAAAACACCAACAGGCGAGGAACAAGUCCAAGACCAUGUCUUCUUUCCGCGAAUCGCAGACUUCAGCGUCCUCAUCGUCUAAGGGGAAACAGCACCGCAAGAAACACGAGGACAAGAACGACAAACAUCACAAGCACGACAGGUACCAGAAGAGCGACAAGCAGGUCCACACCCACGCCCAGGCCACCAAGUCGGAGAAGACGGGCACAACCUCGUCGUCAUCCGACAAUGUCGACUUCCUCUUCGUGGUCAACGAGCUGAGGACACACGACACGGGUGACGGCCUGGAACGAGACCUGUGGAACGAUGUCAUCCCAUUCUCCAGCCCGAACGACUACGCCGAGGAGGCACCCGGCCGCGUCUUCCGCUACCGCAACGGCGAGGUCACGGACGUCGGGCAGGAUUACCUGUGGAUACGGCCGGGCCGAGGGCAGGAGGGCUGCAUCUGGAAAUGGGACGCCCUCGACCAGAGCUCCCAGCCAAUGGACGUCUACAAGACCUACUCGGUGUUUCGGUGCUGGCGAUUCAACCCCAUCAUCUGGACCGGCUCCGACGUCAGCGUCCCCAGCACGGAGCGGCCCGGCGCCCCGGGGGCCCAGUUCUUCAGCCUCCACUUCCGCUCGCCGCCGGGCGGCGUCAGCGAGAUCUGGCCCUCCGCGGGGCCGAACGAAGCCGUGCAGUCGCCGAGCGUCAGCGAGAUCUGGCCCCCCGCGUUCCGCUAUGUCGCGGGCCGUGACCCUUCCUGGAUGCCGUCGUUGGUUCCGCAGCAGUACAGCAACCCGUUCGCCGACGCGCCCCGAUCGCAGGGCCUGCGCGGCGAGCUCCCUGUCAUCUUGGGCAUGAUGGCCCUUGCGCAGAGCCAGUCACUCUUUUACCCGCCCACCCAGUGGCGGAAGAGGCAGUGGCACCGCGCGCCCCAGACUGGUGAAGAAGACCUCAACCCCGGGCCGGACGAGGCGCCGCGGGGCGUUCUCGUCCAGAUCUGCUUGGAUCCUCAGGGCGGAGAGGGCUCCACAGCGGCCGACUUACACAAGUUUGAGUGGUAUACUAAUGUUGUCAAGGACGCACCCAGGCAAUCUAGGUAGUCUCUCUCUCACUCUCUCCCAAUACCUCUCUUUCUCCUUUCCUCUUUCUCUUUCACAUGGCCAGAUGACGACACUCUGCCUUGCCUUUUGUAUCUUCUUCUUUCCAUCUCGCUUCCUUCCGCUUCCCCCCUCCGCCGUCUACUUCGUCUCUCGUUUUAUUAUUUUCUUUGAAGAGCCAGAACGAAGGAAUCGAAGCUCCACGGUCUCACGUCUCUGCCUGCUCAAGACUGACUGGCUUGCAAGCUUGGAUUUUUU